AUCCGCGCGCUACUUCCUGUGUGCGGGGCAAGUCUUUGUUGUUGACAUCGGAGAGUAUGCGGCGAGACAAAAGUGAAUCUUCACCAUGCAUACAGUAUACCGUAUACAGAGAGGGGAGCUGCAUUUUUGCGAGAAUCAAAGUACUUCCAGUUACUCAGGUAUUAUUUGAUCUGCACCAACUCAUUUGUUAUAAAGAUGUAAGAUGAAGAAGACACAGACCAGGAAUGACUGCUGAUGUGGGAGUAAAAAGUCGGACAAUGAGCUGAAGGCCGUAAGCUUCAACAGAGUCUACAACAUCAGAAUCCAACACUCUAUCAACCGGACUCAAUAACAACAGUAAUAUACCUACCAUGAUGCAUACUGGCUGUGAUUUCCUGCUGGAAACCGGUGGAGACAUAAAUAACCAAAGUCAUAAUGACAAGGAUGACUCAUGCCACACUUCCACAUUGCCCCCUGGCUGGAUCAGAGAGGUUAGGCAGCGUAAAGCAGGCAAGACAGCAGGCAAAAUGGACGUCUACAUUACAAGUCCCCAAGGGCAAAGGUUUCGGUCGAGAGCAUCCCUGCAUGCUUUCUUCAUAAAAAAUGGAGAAGGGAACCUAGAAAUAGACCUCUUUGAUUUCACUGCAUCCAAGGACGAUGCUCCCACCCCUUCGCAAUUACUCCCCUCUCAAGUGAAACAGAAGAGAAGAAAGAAAAGAAAUGCAGGUGCACCGCAGGAGACAAAAGAAGAUGCAACAGAAAUACUGGAUCCACCUCCUAAUAAAUCUAAAAAAGCCUCUUCCUCCCUCAGAAGUAAAACUAAAGACAGAAAAGUAAAAAGUGCAUGUGUGAAGAGCUUCAUAAAAGCGCCUUUAACCAAAGAGGAUGAUGUAAAACUGCAGAAGAGCCCUCAGAGGUCAGGUCAGCUGAGAGAGAAGCUACUCCGACUGGAUCCUCCCAGUAACCAACAACACACUCUCAUUGUUAGCAAGGAUGAAGAAGCAGACUCGAGGCCUUCUGCUCCCAAACUGAAUGUUGAACCUGCCACUGAGAGUGAGAAUGAGGGUGAGGAAGAACGAGGCAGAGAUGAGCUGCAGAUUCACAUCAAAGGUGCCAACAAAUCUAAUUCUGAUCUGGAGGCAGAUGCUGAGGAUGAGGAAGAGGAGGUGUUGUUACCUGACACCACUGGUGGGAGCUGCAUACCAGUGAGAGAUUCCCAGAAUAGGUCCAAGUGCGGGGAACACAAACGCAAAACAAGCCCUUAUUUUAAAAGGAAACACCCCAGUGAUGACCUUAGUCCCCCCAGGAGGAAGGCCUUCAAGAAGUGGACACCUCCCCGCUCACCCUACAACCUCGUACAGGAAACACUUUUCCACGACCCCUGGAAGCUUUUGGUGGCCACCAUUUUUCUGAAUAAGACGAGUGGCAAGAUGGCCAUACCAGUGCUGUGGCAGUUCUUUGAACGUUACCCGUCUGCAGAGGUGACCCGGGAGGCCGACUGGAAGCCCCUGUCUGAACUAAUGAAGCCACUAGGCCUGUAUGAGCUCAGAGCAAAAACACUCGUACGCUUCUCAGAUGAGUAUCUAACUAAACAGUGGCGUUACCCCAUUGAGUUGUACGGCAUUGGGAAGUACGGCAACGACUCCUAUAGGAUCUUCUGUGUGGACGAGUGGAGAGUGGUGAAACCUGAAGAUCACAUGCUGAACAAAUACCACGACUGGCUAUGGGAGAACCAUGAAAGACUUGGAAUCUGAAAUCCAAAAUAUGAAGAACUACAAAGAAGAUUUGCUGUGGAAACAAGCAUGAAAAUCAGUUGCAUCACAUAAACCAUUUCAAUAUUAGUAUUAUGAUGAACUUGCAUUGUUAUUCCUGAAUGUCUCUAUAAUUAUGCUCUGAAAUGUCUCCUUACUUUUAAAAAGUUUUACUUACGUGUAAUAAAAUGUUUUUAGUAGUUUAAAAGUUGAAA